UUCCUAUAAAAGCGUGUAUCUACAUUCUACACUUGACGUAAACAACAAGUCAACAAAUAUUUUAUAUAAAUAAUAUAACAAAAUUACAUAAUGUCAAGCUGGAAAAAAGCAGCCAAAACUGGCCAAAAAACUCAUCGAGAACGACAUCAACCAGAAGCAAGAAACUUUUUGGGUAUUUUAGAAAAAAAAAAAGAUUACAAGCUUCGUGCAAAUGAUUAUAAUGAAAAACAAGCUGCCUUGAAACUUUUACGUAAACGUGCACAAAAUAAAAAUCCAGAUGAAUUUUAUUUUCACAUGAUUAAUUCGAAAAUCGAUCAUGGUGGUGUGCACAGAGAAAAAGAUAAAAAAGAAGAACACACACCAGAACAAAUUAAAUUAAUGGAAACACAAGAUCUCAAGUAUGUUGCUUACAAAAGACAUUUAGAAGCUAAAAAAAUUGAAAAAUUACAGAGUCAAUUACAUCUACUUGAUGCAGCAAAUGUUACGAAAAAUCAACAUAUAUUUUUUGUUGAUGAUGCUAAAGAAGAAAAAAAUUUUGAUCUUGCUACAAAACUAGACACUCAUCCAGAUUUAUUAAAUAGACGUACCAACAGACCAAGAUUAUCACGUAUCAAAGACUUGAAAUUACCUGAUUUGAGUCAAGCAACUAUUGCUAAAUUUGAGCAACAAAAACACAUGAGCUAUACAGAAUUACGUAAACGUAUUGAUCGUGAAAAUGCGCUUACUGUUGUACAAGAAAAACUUGAAGCAAGACGAGCCAUUAAAGAAAAAAGAAUCACCAGACCAAAAACAAUACGUCAAGGAAGUCAACAACAUGCUCCAAUUUAUAAAUGGCCAUAUGAACGUAAACGAUAAUAAUUGUAAUUUAUCAGUUAAAUAUAAUAUUAUUUGUUAUAUCAAUUUAAAAUCUCAUUUUUUUUUUUAUUUAUUAAUUUAGUAUAUGUAAUGAUGAAGGAAGUUUGAACUAGUUGA